AUGGCUACGAAUGGUAAUGGUGCAUCUCUAUCUACCGAUGAACGCUUAAAACAAGCCUUUGAAGUGCUUUCGAAACGAAACCACAAUCGUCCACUAAGUUUCAAAGAUGCUGGAACAGCCAUACGUGCCGCUGGCUACAGCCCGUCGAACAAUGAAUUGAAGAAGAUAUUAGCUGUGUCUUCUCCUCACCAGCUAUUCGAUUUAGAUACCAUUGAAAGUUCAUGUAAAGGUUUGAAGAAACGUUCGGAAAAAGAAGUGCAUGACAGCUUACGUUGCUUCGAUUACGAACGAAAUGGUUUCAUAUCAGCUCAAGAAUUGAAAUACUUCUUAAGUACUCGCGGCGAAAAACUAAGCGAAGAAGAAAUCGAUGACAUGUUACGCGAUUUGGACAUUGACCAGCAAGGUAUGUUAUCAAUCGAACAAGCACUAACGUUGUUUUUCGUCGGUAAUUAUACUGAUUAA